CACUGUUUGUGUAUCGCGAGAUUCGAAUGGGAAGAGUUGAUUGUAGUGACCUCAUCUCUCCAGCAGCUGCGUAGCGAGUCGGAGUAGCAACUUUUGUAUGAACUCCGAAGUUGGCCAAUUGCUUGGGAGACACCGGGCUAGACAGACGAGUGAAUGGAGUGAGACCUAACAAUUGGAAAUUUCAUGGUUACAAAAACAAGUUGAAGGAGACUCCGCGCCAAAUGCACUAAUUUCAUGUAACGCGCCUGUCAGACAACCUACGUCCAUGGCAGAGGUGUUGCUGGAGUUUUAACACUGAUUUUAAACGCCAGGGAAGAAAGGAAAGGUAUCUCAUGUCAAGGUCAACCUUGGAGGUGUUCAGUGAAGCAAGCGAGCUGCCUUUGAUGCCAAGCGAAAUCACAGACACAAAGUCUUCGUCCCUGCACACAAGGUGACGGAAGCAGAGCUGUGAUUGGACAUUCCCUCAAACAAUAUGGCCUCCUGAAAGUGGUGGGAGUACAACCAGCGUCCUCGUUCCUGCAGUCCUUUCCGUGUAUGUUUGACCAAGCCAGUGAGUGAGUGAGAGAGUGAUUUGAGUGUGUGUGCCAUCUGGUUGUCUCCUGUCGUCUGCACCUGGCCCUCCAUCAGACGGAUUCAGGCCCUCUCAUGCCUCCCAGGGCUCCCCAGGUUCCCCUCCCCCAGGUCACCACCGGUAGGCCCCACGCUCUCCCCCUCUGAAUCCCUCUUCAUCCCCAAUCCCCAGCCCCCCCAACCCUAGUUCCCCACCCCCUGCUUGUGCCCCGUACCCCCCCCCCCCCCCCCACACACACACACACACAGGAGUCCCCCUCUCCAGCCAUGACCAGCCUGAAGCGCUCACAGACAGAGCGCUCGGUGGGCGGCUCCAUCUCGGCCACCGACGAGUUCUACACACGCCGCCUGCGCCUGCCCAACGGGGGUGCCCCUCCGCCCCGCAGCGAGAGCACCCACCUGUCCGGCUGCUCGCCCGGCGUGCCCAAGAUGGGCGUGCGCGCCCGCGUCGCCGACUGGCCCCCCAGGAAGGACGGAAGCGCUGGAGGAGGAGGAGGCGGCGGCGCCGGGGGCGUCUGGCACAUCACCGUGGAGACGGACUCCCCCACCACCACUUCGUCCAGCAGCUCUUCCGGAGGAGGAGGAGGAGGAGGAGGAGGAGGGGGGGGACAGCGUGGCGGAGGCAACGGCACGGGCACCGGGAGCAGCAGCGGCAGCAGUAGCGGCGGAGGCGGCAGCGCCCAGAGCAACCUGUCGGCCAAGCUGGGCCACCUGAUCAGCCCGCAGGACUCGUCCAUGCUGCGCAACAUCCACAACACGCUCAAGAGCAAGAUGCAGGGCCGCCACGGCAGCAAGGACAACCGCUUCCUGUCGCCGGACGGCUACCAGGGCUCGCCGCGGAAAGGCAUGCGUCGCAUCCGGCAGCGCAGCAACAGCGACAUCACCAUCAGCGAGCUGGACGGCAGCGGCGGCGACGGCAACGAGGGCUGGUCCUUCUCGGGCUGGACGCCGAUGCACCGCGAGUACGGCAGCACGUCGUCCAUCGACAAGCACAGCACGGCGGCGUCCGGCGCCUCGCAGAGCUUCUUCGACAUGCUCAAGGGCUACCAGUCGGCCGAGGCGCCGGCCGCCACCUCCGACCAGCGCAGCCCGGCGCCCGAGCGGCUCAGCGAGUUGCUGAGCGUCGCCCACAAGCAGGUGGCGCUGGACCUGCCCGAUGGGCCGCCGUCGCUGACCCGCGCCAGUGGCAGCCCCGCCAGCCGCCUCAAGGAGCGCGAGAAGCACCUCAAGCGCCGGUCCAAGUCGGAGACGGGCGGAGAAUCCAUCUUCCGGAAGCUGCGCAGCGCCCGAGCGGACGGCGAGUCCUCGCGCGCCGGCUCCGACGCCGAGGAGGAAGGCGGCGGACACUCGGGGCCUCCGCCGGCGUCCCUCAAGCCCUGGGUGUGCCAGAAGGCCUUUGCCCACUUCGACGUGCAGAGCCUCUUCUUCGACCUGAACGACGUGGUGACGGGCCGGCAGUCGGCCAGCUCGGCCAAGCACAAGAACACCACCACCGGCGCCUCGGCCGCCGCCGCCGCCUCGUCCUCCCUCACGUCCUCGCUCUCGUCCUCCUCGUCCCAGAGCGCGGCGCUGGGCUCGCCCUGCGGCAGCCAGGAGGAGCUCAACGCCAAGGACGGCUCCAACCCCGCGCUCGACCCUGGGGACGACAAGAGCAACGAGCUGGUGCUGGCCUGCCCCUGUUUCCGGAACGAGCUGGGCGGAGAGGGCGAGCGCACCAUCAACCCCACCAAGCAGGGCAGCAUCGGCAGCGGGGGGUCCGGCAGCAGUAGCGGAGGGGGCUCCCCCGGCGAGGACGAUGCACCGCCCAACUCGCACCUGUCCAACGCGGGGGUAGCCGUGCUCGAGGCGCCCAAAGACGGACAGGGGCUGCAUUCGGAGCGGGGCAAGCGCCACAUCGUGGAGCACGUAGACCUGGGGUCCUACUACUACAGGAAGUACUUCUACCUUAGAGAGCACUGGAACUACCUGGGUGUGGACGAGACCCUGGGGCCGGUGGCGGUCAGCCUGCGUCGGGAGAAGCUGGAGGAGCACAAGGAGCACGGCCAGCAGUACCAGUUCCGGGUCAUCUUCAGAACCAGCGAGUUGACGACCCUGCGCGGUGCCAUCCUGGAGGAUGCCGUGCCCUCCACCGCCAAGCACGGCACGCCGCGCGGCCUCCCGCUGAAGGAGGUGCUGGAGUUCCUUGUGCCCGAGCUCAACGCCCACUGCUUGCGCCUGGCCCUCAACACACCCAAGGUCACCGACCAGCUGAUGAAACUGGACGAGCAGGGGUUGAGUUUCCAGCUGAAGGUGGGGGUGAUGUACUGCCAGGCAGGCCAGAGCACGGAGGAGGAGAUGUACAACAACGAGUCGGCCGGCCCUGCGCUCGAGGAGUUCCUGCAGCUGCUGGGGGACCGCGUGCGCCUCAAAGGCUUCAAUAAGUACCGCGCUCAGCUGGACACUAAGACGGACUCCACUGGUACACACUCUCUGUACACCACCUACAAGGACUACGAGAUCAUGUUCCACGUGUCCACCAUGCUGCCCUACACCCCCAACAACAAGCAGCAGUUGCUGAGGAAGCGCCACAUCGGCAACGACAUUGUGACCAUCGUGUUCCAGGAGCCCGGCGCCAAGGCCUUCAGCCCCAAGAACAUUCGCUCGCACUUCCAGCACGUGUUUGUGGUGGUGCGUGCACACAACCCCUGCUCUGACGGCAGCACCUGUUACAGUGUGGCGGUGGCCCGUUCCCGCGACGUGCCCGCCUUCGGGCCGCCCAUCCCUGAGGACGUCACCUUCCCCAAGUCGGGCGUGUUCCGGGACUUCCUGCUGGCCAAGGUGAUCAACGCGGAGAACGCGGCGCACAAGUCGGACAAGUUCCGCGCCAUGGCCACGCGCACGCGGCAGGAGUACCUGCGCGAGCUGGCCGAGCGCCACGUCACCAGCACCCCCAUCGACCCGUCGGGCAAGUUCCCCUUCAUCUCGCUGGCGCACAAGCGGCGUGAGCGCAGCCGGCCGUACGCGGGCGCCGAGCUGCGCAGCGGCGGCGCCGUGGCCUGGCCCGUGCACGCCGAGGACCAGCAGAGUGGCGGCGGCGAGCUGGAGGCGCUGCUGGCCAUCUCGGUCGAGUUCCUGGUGGUGGCCGACCCCGAGGCCAAGGCGGUGGUGUUCAACUGCGCCGUGCGCGACGUCAUCGGCUGGACGCUGGGCAGCCCGGCCUCCAUGAAGAUCUACCACGGGCGAGGGGAGAGCGUGGCGCUUCGCUCCGUCGGAAACAACACCGAGGACUUCCGCGAGGUGGUCAAGAGGCUUGAGUUUCUGACGAAGGGCUGCGAGACGACAGAGCUGACGCUGCGGCGUAACGGCCUGGGCCAGCUGGGCUUCCACGUCAACUACGAGGGCAUCGUGGCCGAGGUGGAGCCCUACGGCUACGCCUGGCAGGCCGGCCUGCGGCAGGGCAGCCGCCUGGUGGAGAUCUGCAAGGUGUCCGUGGCCGCACUCUCGCACGAGCAGAUGAUCGACCUGCUGCGCACCUCCGUCACCGUCAAGGUGCUCAUCAUCCCGCCGCACGAGGAUGCCACGCCCCGCAGGGGCUGCUCUGAGCUUUGCCGCGUGCCUGUGGUGGAGUAUAAGGGCAGCAACGAGGCGGGCUCCUUCGAGUACAAGUUCCCCUUCCGCAGCAACAACAACAAGUGGCAGCGCAACAGCUCCAGCCCUCAGCAGUCGCUGGCCGCCUCGCCCCAGCCGGGCCACGCAGGCAGCGCCAGCGGGACGCCCAACCGCGCCGUCAGCCUGGGCGCCAGCAUGGGCAAGACGCUCUCCGCCGAGCGUGAGGGGCGCACCGCUGCCAUCCCCCGCAGCGUGUCCAGCGACGGACGACCCCUCGACUCCAAGAGGAUGUCUCCUGGCUCUGAGAAUUAUGGGCUGGGCUCGUCUCUGGGUCUGGGCCGCCACAACCGCAGCUCUCCCAGCAACCUCUCCUGCUCCAGCGACACGGCUAGUGCCCAUUGGAGGCAGAAGUCCAUGCCAGAGGGAUUCGGGCCCCCCAGGCACUCUCCCCUUCCUGGGGAGCGUCAGCUCACGCCUGACGGAUGCACGAGCGGCAAGAGCACGCCCAGUGGAGAUCGCGGCUCGGCAGAUGGUCCUGUCACAAAGUCUGGGUCAUCUUAUUCUGGAGGCCCACGGAUCCAGAGGCAGGAGCAGGUCAUCCACCACUCUCCCAAGAAGGGCAGUCAGUCUGAGGGCCUGUACUCCGCCCACUCCAGCAGCAACACCCUGUCCAGCACGACGUCCAGUGGGGGCCUGAGCGACGACAAGUGGUACGACAUGGGCAGCAGCACGGGCGGCGGGGGGCUAGCGGCGGGCGCGGACCUCGGUGACCUGGAGCCCAACGGCCUGGGAGGCGGCAGCUACCUGCAGGGGGCGUCGGCCGACAGCGGCAUCGACGCCUC